GUCUUCUCACUACGAUGAUCACAAUAAAUCCAUUAGAGCCUUAUUAUAGGCUAGAUGACGAUAAUUAUCAGAAGGGGCCCUUAGAUGCUUUGUUUGUUUUGCAAUGGGUUGCUUUACUUUUCGUACUGCGUGAAUAUACGAUACGAUGGUUACUGCGACCGCUAGGCGAGAAAAUGAUACCAGAGCAAUCAUCUAAGAAGGAACGAAAUAAGAAUGUAGUCAGAUUUACAGAGCAGAGUUGGUCCUGCUUGUAUUAUAUCUUCUUCUGGUCCUGGGGUAUGACAUUAGUCUUGAAUAGUUCAUUCAGUCCAAUGAACAAUGAAUGGACAAAAUACUUUUGGACACAAUAUCCACAUCUCACUAUGACAAAGAUCAACAAGAUUUAUUAUCUCACUCAAGCUGCUUUCUGGGUACAGCAGUUAUUUGUUUUAAACAUUGAAAAACGUCGUAAAGAUCACUGGCAAAUGUUCGCACAUCAUUGUAUCACUGUAUCACUAGUCGUCAUUUCUUACCUCACAAAUUACACAAGAGUUGGUCAGGCAAUCCUUGUCACGAUGGACCAUGCGGAUAUCUUUUUAGAUGGCGCGAAAGUCUUCAAAUACAUGGGCUGGGAGAAGCUUUGUGACGCAACAUUCGUUGUAUUCAUGCUAUCAUGGGUAUUCACACGUCAAAUAGUGUUUGGUAAGAUUAUCUGGAGCGUAUGGGUUGAAGCACCUUUCUACGUCGAGCACAUCUGGUCACCCUCAGAUGGACAUUACUAUUCGGAUGGAUUACAUAAGUUCUUCCUGGGAUUAUUGCUAGCAUUACAACUUAUUCUCUUUUUCUGGCUUAUAUUAAUUAUUAAAGUUGCCAUUAAAUUUGUGCGCAGCAAUAACGUUGAAGAUAUUAGAUCAGACGAAGAUGAAUCAGAAGGGGAUAACACCGCUUCACAGGAAAAGACACCUUCACCUUCUUCAUUCGCUGAGCCUAUGUCAACAAGUUCGUCUACUUCAUCGUCACAAACCAAUCAGGAGCUUCGUAAACGGUGAAAUUUCUCAUAUUGGUAUCUUCGUUUGCAUUUGCGUUUUAAAAAAAGAUAGAUUUCUACAACAUUUCAACUUACUGGCCAUCUUAUAAAACAUUUGCUUAUUGUUAUGAAUUACUUUAUAAAUGCACAGAACAUUCAC